AUGGACUCUUCGUACCCAUCAACUGGCACCUUACUGGCAACAGCAGCCCUCGCAUGGCCUGCUCUGCGAACAUGGCCACAUGUACCACCUGCCCAAAGGCAAUGGCAGAAGCAACUGGCCAAGAAACUUGCAGGCAUCAUUGUUGCAGAUUGGGAGCAUUAUGAAGACUGGCAACUUUCCUCUGCGACAAUAACAGUCUUGCAAAGUUUGGCAAUCAUGUUCAGGAGAGCACAGAGCCUUGCAGCACUUGUGGAAGCGCCACAGCCAGGUGCUGGCACACUGGUACUGCCUCAGAGGCGUCCAAUCGGCGUCCAAUUGGCCCUGUUGUGUGUAAAGCAUACAUGCAUUUGCUCUAGAAUGGCAAGAGGCAGCCCUUGCACCUGCAACGCUUCCAGGCACGUGUCUGUACUGGAUGUUGCUGCAGUGCCAAGAUGA